CCGCCAACGGGAAGGAGCCGCGGCGGUACCGGAAGUGACGCCGUUGUUACCGGGCUCGGUACCGGGCCCGCGCCAUGGAGGCCUGGGUGCGCUUCAGCGCCCAGAGCCAGGCCCGGGAGCGCCUCCUCAGGGCCGCCCAGUACGCCUGUACCUUAGCCGGGGCCGCGCUGAGCCGCGCCGGGAACGGCUCCGGGGGCAGCUCCGGGACCCUGAGGCGCCUCCAGCAGCUGGAGGCUCACCUGAGCCUGGGCCGCAAGCUGCUGCGCCUGGGGGGCUCGGCUGAGGCGCUGGGGGGGGCGCAGCGCUCGCUGCACCUGCCCGACCCCGUGCUGCGCUUCUGCCUCACCCUGUCCCACCUGAACCGCGCGCUCUUCCUGGCCUGCGACAACGUCCUGUGGGCCGCGAAGAGCGGCGUCCUGCCCGGCCUGGCCGUGGAGAAGUGGAGCCAGAGGUCGUUCAGGUAUUACCUGUUUGCUCUGGUGGUGAACCUCAGCAGGGACGCCUACGAGAUCCGGCUGCUGCUGGAACGCGCCGAGGCGGCCAGGAAACGUGGCAAGAGCCCCCAGAGCAGCCCCCAGCCCCAGGCUGAGGGCAGGAUCCAGCACCUCCGCCUCCAGCUGCAGCUCCAGCUGCAGCUCCUGCUGCAGGUGCUGCGGGAGAACCCCCCACUGCUGCUGGACCUGCUGAGGAACGCCUGCGACCUGGUGAUCCCUCUGGAAAAGCUGGGCUUGUGCAGGAGCAGCCCCGGAAUCGUGGGGCUCUGUGGGCUCACCUCCUCCGUGCUCUCCAUCAUCACCAUCCUCCACCCCUGGCUCAAGCUGAAGCCAUAGUUAUCCUGGGGAUGGUUGGGAAUUUUGGGGGGUUGUGGCACCUCUGGAGGGGAGUGGCUCGUGCCAUUCCAUCAUUCCUGACUCCACGAGCUUGCAGCAUUGGAUCCCACAGUGGGAUUUUGGGACCUCAGCUCCCGAAAUGUGUUUUUUCCCAUUGACUUUUCCAGCAAUUUUAGAGGUUCAACGUUCCCCCUUUCUCUCUGGGAAGAGCCUUUCACGUGGAGCCAGCUAACAGGGAAUAUUUGGGGCUGGAAAAUGUGGAUUUGGGGCUGGAAAAUGUGGAUUUGGGACUGGAAAAUGUGGAUUUGGGACUGAAAAAUGUGGAUUUCUUGGGUCUCACCUCUUCCCAUCAUCAACAUCCUCCACCCCUGGCUCAAGCUGAAGCCGUAGUUAUCCUGGGGAUGGUUGGGAAUUUUGGGGGGUUUAUCCCAAAACUCUGGUUGUGGCACCUCUGGAGGUGAGUGGCUCGUGCCAUUCCAUCAUUCCUGACUCCUUGGAGCCACGAGCUUCCAGCAUUGGAUCCCACAGUGGGAUUUUGGGACUUCAGCUCCCAAAAUGUGUUUUUUUCCCAUUGACUUUUCCAGCAAUUUUAGAGGUUCAAUGUUCCCCCUUUCUCUCUGGGAAGCACUUUUCACAUGGAGCCAGCUAACAGGGAAUAUUUGGGGCUGGAAAAAUGUGGAUUUGGGGCUGGAAAAUGUGGAUUUGGGGCUGGAAAAUGUGGAUCUGGGACUGGAAAAUGUGGAAUUCUGUGGGCUCACCUCCUCCGUGCUCUCCAUCAUCACCAUCCUCCACCCCUGGCUCAAGCUGAAGCCGUAGUUAUCCUGGGGAUGGUUGGGAAUUUUGGGGGGUUGUGGCACCUCUGGAGGGGAGUGGCUCGUGCCAUUCCAUCAUUCCUGACUCCACGAGCUUCCAGCAUUGGAUCCCACAGUGGGAUUUUGGGACCUCAGCUCCCGAAAUGUGUUUUUUCCCAUUGACUUUUCCAGCAAUUUUAGAGGUUCAACGUUCCCCCUUUCUCUCUGGGAAGAGCCUUUCACAUGGAGCCAGCUAACAGGGAAUAUUUGGGGCUGGAAAAUGUGGAUUUGGGACUGGAAAAUGUGGAUUUCUUGGGUCUCACCUCUUCCCAUCAUCAACAUCCUCCACCCCUGGCUCAAGCUGAAGCCGUAGUUAUCCUGGGGAUGGUUGGGAAUUUUGGGGGGUUUAUCCCAAAACUGUGGUUGUGGCACCUCUGGAGGUGAGUGGCUCGUGCCAUUCCAUCAUUCCUGACUCCUUGGAGCCACGAGCUUCCAGCAUUGGAUCCCACAGUGGGAUUUUGGGACUUCAGCUCCCAAAAUGUGUUUUUUUCCCAUUGACUUUUCCAGCAAUUUUAGAGGUUCAACGUUCCCCCUUUUUCUCUGGGAAGCACUUUUCACAUGGAGCCAGCUAACAGGGAAUAUUUGGGGCUGGAAAAUGUGGAUUUGGGGCUGGAAAAUGUGGAUCUGGGGCUGGAAAAUGUGGAUUUGGGACUGGAAAAUGUGGAUUUGGGCCUGGAAAACGUGGAUUUUUGGGGGCUUCUCAUGGUUUUUUUUUUGAGGGGGGGUAAAGCCAUGGGGUCGGGAUGAUUCAAGCCCAAAUUGUUUGGACAAUUUUCCUGCCCUGUAAGAAAUCUGAGUGCAGGGAGAGGGGAAUGUGUGUCAGGGAUAAAUCCACGGCCACAAACCAGCUCUGAUGUCUGUUACUGAACCCUGGAUUCAGGGAUACACUGGGAACUGGGAAUUAUGAAAUUCCAGAGGCUCAUUGCCCUUGGAUCUGUCCCUGGGAGAGCAGGAGGAGGUUUGAAGUUUUUUUAGGAGCUGGGAAUUAUGAAAUUCCAGAGGCAGAUUGUCCCUGGAAGAGCACGAAUAUCCUCUUGAAGGUUUUUGGGGAGCUCCAAAUUAUUAAAUUCCAGAGGCAGAUUGUCCCUAGGAGAGCAGGAAUAGCCUCUUCAAGGUUUUUUGGGAACUGGGAAUUAUUAAAUUCCAGAGGCUCAUUGCCCUUGGAUCUGUCCCUGGGAGAGCAGGAGGAGGUUUGAAGGUUUUUUGGGAGCUGGGAAUUAUUAAAUUCCAGAGGCAGAUUGCCCUGGGAGAGCAGGAAUAUCCUCUUGAAGGUUUCUUGGGAACUCCAAAAUUUUGGGGAAAUUAAAGGUUUUUUGGGAGCUCCAAAUUAUUAAAUUCCAGAGGCAGAUUGUCCCUGGGAGAGCAGGAAUAUCCUCUUGAAGGCUUUUUGGGAACUCCAGCAUUUUUGGGAAAUUAAAGGGUUUCUGGGAACUCCAAAAUUUUUGGGAAUUAUUAAAUUCCAGAGGCAGAUUGUCCCUGGGAGAGCAGGAAUAUCCUCUUGAAGGAUUUUUGGGAGCUCCAGGCUGAAACGUCGCCCGCUCCUGGGCCCACCUGGGCUGUGCCAAAGGAUUUUUUUUUCCUGGGCAAAGCAGGCUUUGGAAUUCCCAGUGGGAAUUGGGAUGGGUGGGAAGCACUCCAGGGGAUCCCACGGUGGCAGUGAGUGUAAUUAAUGAGUAAUUGAAUUAUUAAAGUGCAGCGGCCUCCAGUCGCCGUGUCCUGGGCUGUUGGGAAAGGCUCUGGGAUGGGCUGGAAGGGACCCAGGGGAUCACUGAGGGCAGCUCCUGGUGCUGCAGAGACCACACCUGAACCUGGCUCUGAGACUAAACCUGGCUCUGAGACUAAACCUGGCUCUGAGACUAAACCUGGCUCUGAGACUAAACCUGGUUCUGAGACUAAACCUGGCUCUGAUCCCCCCUAAACCUGGUUCUGAGACUAAACCUGGCUCUGAGACUAAACCUGGCUCUGAGACUAAACCUGGCUCUGAGACUAAACCUGGUUCUGAGACUAAACCUGGCUCUGAUCCCCCCUAAACCUGGUUCUGAGACUAAACCUGGCUCUGAGACUAAACCUGGUUCUGAGACUAAACCUGGCUCUGAGACUGAACCUGGCUCUGAUCUGCACCUAAACCUGGCUCUGAGACUGAACCUGGCUCUGAGACUGAACCUGGCUCUGAUCUGCACCUAAACCUGGCUCUGAGACUGAACCUGGCUCUGAGACUGAACCUGGCUCUGAGACUGAACCUGGCUCUGAGACUAAACCUGGUUCUGAGACUAAA